UGUGAUUCUUCCAACCACGAUCCAAGUUCUCACCGCCGGCGCCUGCUCUCUCCGCCACCGCCACCGCCACCGCCACUACCGGCGCCUCUUGUGCAGAUUGUUCCAGCGGCGAUGUCGAAGCUGUUCUCCAAGUUCUUGGGCGUUUUCCGCUAUCGCAACCUUGUUGGUGUGGACAAGGCUGGAAAUCGCUACUUCACUCGAACGGAAAAGUUGGACGGAGUCGUGAAGGAAAAAAGAUGGGUGAUAUUCAAAGGCGAGGAGGACCCCACAUCAAUUCCAGUUGAGUGGAUAUGCUGGCUAAAUGGGCAAAGGAAGAAAGCUCCAACUCCACAGGAAAUGAUUGAGCUGGAGGCCAGGCGUGAGCGAGUUAAACUGAACGCUGCAUUGCUGAAAAAGGAAGAGGAGAUGAAGUCCACUUCUAGCAGGCCAAAGCCCCAGAGCAUUGGCAAAGUUGAGUCUCCAGAUCUUGAAAGUUUUAUUCAGCAGUUUCGAAGAGGUUCCAUUGAUCACAACAAAGGUAUGGCACAUGAUGAUGUGGCUGACAUAGUUGAUGGUAACAAAGAUGACAAAGACAAAGAAAGGUCUUCAGAGCCAACUGGAUCCGGUGAAUCUUUUAAACCGGGAACUUGGCAACCACCAAUGUAGUAGUAGUAGUUCAGGUGAUACCAAUUUGUAUUUUGAAAUAAAUUAAAUUCAGUAAGAAUUACUGAGCUGCCAAUGGGAGAGAUUGAUGAUCAUGUCUUUGUUGUAUUAUUCUUUUCCCUAUUUUCCGUGUCAUUUAGAUGUCUUUUAGCAUACCAUAGUCACCUUGCAGCUUUUCAUCCGUUGGAGAUUCUCAGUUAGGAGAUUAGCUUCUACUGGUUAAAUUUUGAGAUUCAAAUCAAAAUGACAGGAUUAAUUGUCAAAAGGUUGAUGACUGUUGGUUUCUAAAUUGUGAAACCUUUCUUUAGUAUACAUUCGACAUUCUUUUAAAUCUUCGGCAACUGUAUAAUGAAAUGUGAUAACUCAUUCCGUUUUUUGGCAUU